ACUCUCCACGCCGGCAGGUGGCGGUGUCGUUCAGAGUGUCGCCAUCACCAACCAGGACGUGCUUCACUUCCUUGCAGUCAGAAACAAAAACAUUUGGUCUGAAGUUUCUUUAAAGUCUUUUUUUAAAUCAGAUUCAUCAACCUGCGACUCUUUAAAAAGGUAGUUUAGAGUUUAAUGCAGCAGGACAGCUCGUGUAAAAGCGAAACGUGUCGAACUACAAGCGAGGAAGAAAGAACUACAAAUCUGCUGUGAGCUAGCCCGGUUAGCUUAGCUCUGACAUAUCUCACCUGUGCAGACUCACCUGUGCAGACUCACCUGUGCAGACUCAGACAUGCAUCGCAGAGGUGUCGGCGCGGGAGCUAUCGCCAAGAAGAAGCUGGCGGAGGCCAAAUAUAAAGAGAGAGGGACUGUCCUGGCUGAGGACCAGAUCGUCCAGAUGUCGAAGCAGCUGGAAACUUUCAAGUCCAACCUGGAGGAGUUUGCCAGCAAGCAUAAACAAGAAAUCCGAAAGAACUCUCAGUUCAGGGUUCAGUUUCAAGAGAUGUGCGCCACCAUUGGAGUCGAUCCGCUCGCCUCUGGAAAAGGUUUUUGGUCUGAGAUGCUCGGCGUCGGCGACUUCUAUUAUGAGCUGGGUGUGCAGAUUAUUGAAGUGUGCCUGGCCCUCAAACACAGAAAUGGAGGUCUUAUUACUUUGGAUGAACUCCAUCACAGAGUACUGAAGGGCCGAGGUAAAUACGCUCAGGACGUGAGCCAAGAUGACUUGAUGAGAGCCAUAAAGAAACUGAAGGUGAUGGGGAACGGCUUCGGGAUGAUUCCUGUCGGGGGUUCUUACUUGGUCCAGUCAGUCCCGGCGGAGCUCAACAUGGAUCACACUGUAGUUCUGCAGCUGGCUGAGAAAAAGGGCUACGUGACAGUGAGCGAGAUCAAGGCCAGUCUGAAAUGGGAGAAGGAACGAGCUUGUCACGUCCUGGAUCACCUCCUGAAAGAAGGCCUGGCUUGGCUGGACUCUCAGGCAGCCGGAGAAUCGCAGUACUGGCUGCCGGCUCUCUUCUCCGAGCUGACCUCCCGUGAUGUCACACCGGAGGAGGCCAAUCAGAUGACGCCUUGAAGCGCUUUUAGAGACAAGCUGGUAAACAAAAUGUGCCUGUGCGGGAAGGAGGCUCUCGGCUGGUUUCGGCGGGGCUGGCAGUGAACUCCCUCUGAGAUCAUUUUCUGGACACGAGGAGGGAAAACUUUCCUCAUCCGCUCCUCAAGCUUUGAUUUCUGCAAAUGACGUUCAUUGUCGGAUAUUCUGUUGUCUCGCUGCUGCUGUCACGGUUCAUGGGGAUAUUCUCACUGUACAGAACGUGUCAUUUUUCAUGUAUAAACAAAAACUUUUAAAGAAAACGCUUCAGCUCA